ACGCGCCUGUCAGCUGCAGCUCGGGAGCGCGCAGGAGGACACAGGUGUUUCAGUCGCUAAUGUCUCAGACACGGGGGACAAUCAUUCAGCAGCAGCAGAGUGUUAAUGUGCAGGAGAUCGAGCUGAUAAACUCAGGCUGUGCUCUCGGUUCUCUUCCCUCUCACUGACAUGACUCCUCCGGAUGAAUCCGGGACCUUCGCUGCGCUUGUUCUGGUCCUUUCACUGAGCGUUUCUUUUCAAGGUGCACACUGCCAACUGGUGGUGGCUCGUGUGGGCCCCAAAUUGGUGAAUGCAAGAGCCGGCAGCAAUGUGACUCUGGCUGUCCUCUUCGGUGGGGCCACUGACCCAGCGGUCACCUGGUUAAAGGGAGAAUUACCCGUCCUCACGUGGACCAUUGGCUCCAGUGCUGCAGCAGACAUCGGCCCAGAAAACAAGGGGGUGCUGAUGAUCGAGGAGGACGGAUCUCUUACCUUUGUGAAUGUGCCGCUCGACCACGCUGGUAACUACACCAUCGAACUGACAAAGUCUGGGCUGGGUAAAGCUGUGGCCACUUUCACUCUGAAAGUAUUUGAAAACUUUGAGAAUGUAAAGCUGACGGUGCAGCCUGAUCUCCUCAAAGAGGGAGCUGGAAGCUUCCUCCUGCAGUACAGAGUGUUGAAAGGAGAGGUUGAGCAGCAGAGGUGGUUCUUCAACGGCACAGAGAUAAAGACCAGCUCACACUACACGGUGAACGACAGGAGCCUGGAGAUACUCGACCCAAACCGAAAUGACACAGGGCGGUACACAGUGGUACUGACCAACCCCCUCAGCCGCGCGGAAGCUCAUGUGAAUAUCACCGUGCUGUAUGGACCAGACGAGCCCAGACUCGAGGCCCGUCCGGCGCAGCCUUUCUACGUACCCGGGGACUCUCUGAGCCUCGUCUGCCAGGCGGGCGGAUCCCCACGGCCCACUGCUCAGUGGGUCUUUGCCGACCUGACCCUCUCUGACUCUGGAGUCCUGAAUCGAACAGAUGUUCAGAUCAGCCAAGGAGGUGUUUAUACUUGCAAGUUAACCAACCAGCAGACAAAAGAACAGCAGCAGAAGAGCAUGACUUUAAAUGUUUAUGAGAAGCCGCCGGGCGACCCGAUAUGUUCUGUACAGUCGGUGAAUGUGAACGCAGCCCUGCAGUAUCACUGUCAGUGGCCGGGGGGAACGCCACUGGCUAAUCUGUCGUUCCCAGCACUGAGCAACAGCAGCAGUGGAGCGGGAAACUUCAGCUUGACUGUCACCGCCUUGGCCAACUUAAAUGGGAAAGCUGUCACAUGCAAGGCAGCCCACCCAGUUCAACAGAAUAAGUGCAAUAUUACAGCAAGUCAUCCUGUGGAGUUCCUCCCAGCUGUGAGAACCUCACUCGACUCUCAGGGCAAAAUAGAGGUCGCUGUGCACUGUGUGAGUGAGGCCUCGCCUCCGGCUGUGGUGUCAUGGUCCAAAGGCAGCGAGGCCAUCGCCAACGGGACAGCGCACGAGAUCAGCAGUGACACCACACAGCUCAAGAUUCUCGGUUACAAUGUCAGCAACUUUAUCCAGCAAAAAUACAUCUGCACCUGCCGCAACCCACUGGGCAGCCAGAGGGGGGAAAUCCAGUUACAAGGACCGUCCAUCUCAGAUUUCAGUUUGUUCCCAAAUCCCGAAGGAACCAUCGUCACAUUGACCUGGGAGGUCCCGCCCACCUCCGUCGUUACAGGGUUCAACAUCCAAAUGAAAGGACCAAAGCUCCAGAGCGAAAAGCAUAAUGGCACCGAAUCGAGAGGCGCCUCAAACAGUUAUCGUACCAUCCAAAAGAAACUUGGCUCCAUUCGGAGCACAGACGUUUUGGCCCUCGAUCCAAACUUGUCGUACCGGUUUCGAGUCAUCCCCCUAGCUCGUUCGACUGAGGGGAAGCCUUCUGAUGUCCGCAGACUCGGCCCAGGAGAAGGGCUGAGUGGUCCUGCCAUCGCUGGGAUUGCAGCUGGAAUCCCCUGCAGCCUUCUCUUCCUGGCCCUGCUGGGCGGCUCCAUCUACCUGUGUGUCUACUGGAACAUGAACAAAAGUCAGCAGGCGAGAUACCCGGUGACCAGAGCCGUCGAGAAGGCAAUAACAACCCAGUCCGAGAUGACUCCUCAUCACCUGCUGACCGGAGGACUCAAGUCUCCCCCUGAUUACAACAAAUUACAGCAGACUCCCUCUGAACGAUCGGGGGCUCUCCCCACGUUCGUCCCUCCGCCGCCCACCAGAGUCGCCACAACCGUCUGAACUGAAGUAUUUGUGUUGAUGUGUGUAUUAAUUCUGUACAGAUUUUAUAUAUUUGUAUCAUUACUUUAACUGAUUUAAAUGUUCAUUGUGUAACAAUAUUUAUUGUAAGUUUUUACAUAUAUUUAGCUUAAUAACACAACUUGUCUCCCUUCUAUUUAUCCCAACGUAACAUCUUAUCAGGAUAUAAUUCAAAACACAACUUAACAAUACCGAUUUCAUGCCCCAGGUCACUUAGUGAUAUUCAACUGAAUAUUUUAUAUGUCCCCCUUUGGUAUUUAUUUUUUAUUGAAUUGCAUGUCAUAAUUCUUAGUUAAAUCAAUGUAUUACUUCACA